CACUGGAAGCCAAAGUGCAACCAUCCACUCAGGUGGAGUGGACCGUGUGGUGGAUUUUGAACAGAUGCAGCAAGCGCACAUGGUGACACGCAAAAAGCGCCGCAUCCAAAUUUCACCUGGGGUUCCUCCUCAGUGGGUCACAGCCACGCCAGAUUUGCUGCAACAAAGCAAUGAUUUGCACUCCUUCUACAAAGAGGUGACUGACGACAAGAUUUGGGAUUCACUUCGUUACAUUCUUCAAAAUACUGGUCAUUCAUGGGACCAGGCCAAAGACUGUUCCUGCAUGCGAAGGGCAGAAGUGAAGUCGGUGCAUCGCAUUGAGAACAUGCGUCUCUAGCACCGGUACAAAACGCGACUUGAUGCCAUGCGACAGGACCAUGCGAGUUGCAACAUUUCUGUUGGUUCGGCAGACUUGGAUCUUGAUGGCUAUGGCAACAUCAUGGCGCAGUCUCAACAGAUCUUCGACUGCGGCGAACCAUUGGCUCUUGACAUAGAUGAGAAGAUUCUCUUGCAUGGCACGUCCUGGAAGAAUGCAAAUUCCAUUGUCUGUGAGGGCUUUGACAAUCGAAUGUGCCAGAAUGCCUUCUACGGCGCUGGCGUUUACUUUGCUUGCGCGGCGUGCAAGUCGCACCAGUACACCUGCAACCAGCACAAAAAGUGUUGCAGUUGCAAAUGCCAGAGGACGGUGAUCAUUGCUCGGGUUGCGCUUGGUGAUUCCUACGUUGCAACUGAAACCAGGAAGAAAGAAAGAAGGCCACCAGUCAGAAGUGGUUCAUCUGGCACCUAUGAUUCCAUUGUCGUGAAGCCCGGCCUGAUAAAAGGCCAUCACAAGCCCAAUCAAGUUCAUCAAGAGUAUGUGAUCUUCGAUCGGGAGCAGGCUUAUCCUGCUUUUGUUGUGGAAUACACAUUGUGA